UGGAGGGAAAACCCUCGAAAAAUUUAAAAAAAUUCGGACAAAUGUCCCGCAAAUUAAGUCCAAAGUCCACCAACCAACGAAAAGAAUUAUUUAUUUAUUUUUAUUUACUUCCUAUUUUAAAUGUUUUCCUUUUCCCAACGAAGUAAAGCGACGGAAGAAGAGACACCAUCUACGAUGUCUCAGGGGGGCGGCGCUGGUGCCGGAGUAGGAGGCAUGGAGUUUGAUCUCUCGGAAGAGAUUCUGGCGGUGAUACCGACGGAUCCUUACGAGCAAUUGGAUCUGGCACGUAAGAUAACGUCGAUGGCUAUCGCCUCGAGAGUAUCGAAGAUGGAAACGGAGAUUGGGAGGAUGAGAGCAAAGAUUUUCGAAAAGGAUCGUAUGAUUUACGAAUUGGAAGAGAAAGUAUCAAGAUUGCAGCAAGCGAAUCAUGAGGCCGAAUCUCGAUUAAAGCUUGUUUUUGACGAAAAUAUGAAGCUUGCAAAGGAGCGUGAUUCAUUGGCAAUGACUGCAAAGAAACUUAGCCGUGAUUUAUCUAAGUUGGAGACUUUUAAGCGGCAAUUGAUGCAAUCGCUGAGUGAUGAUAAUUCAUCUCAGGCUGAAACUGUUGAUAUUGGGACCUGUGACCAGUCAGUCCCUAAAGCCUAUCCGGACAAGGAUGAUGGGGCGAGUGACUACAUGUCGCUUCGUUCUUCCAAUGGUUCGACGGACUUGGGAAGCACAACUGAUGAAGCUUCAAGAUAUGCUGGACAAAGAUUUUCUAUAACUCCAUAUAUCACACCACGGCUGACACCUACUGGAACUCCAAAAGUUAUAUCCACAAAUGGGUCCCCUAGGGGUUAUUCUACUGCUGGGUCUCCUCAGAGAACCUCUGCUGCAACAUCUCCUACCAAGUCUCAAUCUGAUGGGCGGACUUCGUUCUCCUCAUGGUACCCAUCAAGCCAGCAGUCAUCUGCAGCUAACUCUCCUCCUCGUAGGGGCUCACUGCCAGCAAGGACCCCUCGAAUUGAUGGAAAGGAAUUCUUUCGCCAGGCCAGGAGUCGACUUUCCUAUGAGCAAUUUAGUACUUUUUUGGCUAACAUCAAGGAACUGAAUGCUCAAAAGCAAACCAGAGCGGAAACUUUGAGGAAGGCAGAAGAGAUUUUUGGGACAGAUAACAAAGAUCUGUUCCUAUCAUUUCAGGGAUUGCUAAAUCGCAACAUUCACUAGAUCUUAAAUUAUCUCUUCUUGGGAUAAUUUUCCAUUACUGGUUGCUUGGUUUUAGUUGAUGGAUUUGUCCAAACAUCAAAAGAGCUGCCAUAAUGUAAUAUUAGAUGAAAGAUAAAAGCAUCAGCUUCUUUUUCUUUUUCAAGCAAAUUAAUGUGGUUUUGGGCUUUGAGACUAUAUAGCUCCUCCCAUUCAAGCAGGGAUUUUUGUGUAAAUAAAUUACUCUGCUUUUGCCUA